CUUCCAUUCCUCAACAUUUCUAUAUCAUAUCCUAUACACAGAUCAAACUUCCACCACGAAAACAGUGUGAGAAAAAAAGAACAGAUUUUCAAUGGCAUCUGGGCAACACGAGACUCGAGCUGAGGCAGCUUCGAAACUUGCUGCCAAAGAGCUUGAACAAGCCAACAGAGAGAGAGCUCGUGAUGAACAAGCCAACAGAGAGAGAGCUCGUGAUGAACAAGCCAACAGAGAGAGAGUUCGUGAUGAACAAGCCAACAGAGAGAGAGUGCGUGAUGAACAAGCCAACAGAGAGAGAGUUCAAGCCAACAGAGAGAGAGUUCGUGAUGAUGUGGCUGUUGCGGAUGAUGUGGGUGUUGUGGAUCAGCAACACGAUCAAGAUCAAGAAAAGCGUGGUGUGAUAGGGUCCAUGAUAAGGGCGGUGCAAGAAGCGGUGGUUGGGAAGAAAGAAUCGGUUCCUGCGAAAGCACACACCACAGAGGUGAUUCAUGAUAUUAAUUUCCAACCGGAUGACGUGACUGGUGGUGAGGUGAGAGACAUAUCAGUAACGAAGUCUCCUGGGAUCUAUGAUUCUUCUGCGACGGAGGAAACCGGUUCCAAGGUCGGUGAAUACGCGGAUUAUGCUGCCCAGAAGGCGAAGGAAACAAAGGAUGCAGCAAUGGAGAAAGCUGGUGAGUACACAGAUUAUGCUUCUCAGAAGGCGAAGGAAGCGAAGGAAAAGACUAUGGAGAAGGGUGGGGAGUAUAAGGACUACGCUGCUGAGAAGGCGAAGGAAGGAAAAGAUGCUACGGUGAAUAAGUUGGGAGAGUACAAGGACUACACUGCGGAGAAGACGAAAGAAGGGAAAGACAGUGCUAUGGAGAAGCUUGGGGAGCUGAAGGAUUCUGCUGCGGAUGCUGCUAAGAGGGCUGUGGAAUACCUGAGCGGCAAGACAGAGGAAACCAAAGAGAAGGUCUCGGAAUCCGCCGAGGUCGCCAAGAACAAGGCGGCGGCGACGGCAGAGACGGCCAAGAAUAAGGCGGCAGAGAUGAAGGAUGCGGCGAAGGACAAGGCUGCUGAAACUGCGGAUGCAACAAAGAACAAGACUGCUGAGACGGCUGAAGCAGCAAAGAACAAGGGUAGGGAGAUGAAGGACAAGGCUGCAGAAACCGCGGAGGCAGCGAAGAACAAGACUGCAGAAACUGCUGAAGCAGCGAAGAACAAGACCGCACAAACUGCUGAAGCAGCGAAGAACAAGACUGCUGAAACGGCCGAGGCAGCAAAGAACAAGGGUUGGGAGAUGAAGGACAAGGCUGCAGAAACUGCGGAAGCAGCGAAGAACAAGACUGCAGAAACGACUGAGGCAGCGAAGAAUAAGGCGGUGGAGAUGAAGGACAAGGCUGCAGAAAGUGCAGAGGCAGGAAAGAACAAGACCUCGGAAGCAACUGAUGCGGCAAGGUACAAGGCUUGGGAGAUGAAGGACAAGGCUGCGGAUACCACAGAGGCUGCAAAACAGAGAACUGCACAGGCAAGGGACAGAACCAAGGAGAAUGUGAGAGGUGGAGAUGAAGAUGCAAGGAGGAAAAUGGAGGAGCUAAGGCUACAUGAUAAAGGGUUCAAAGAUUUAUCGGAGGGGCGUGGACAUAAAGAUAAGGUGGUGAUGAAAGUGGAAGAGAGUCGACCGGGGGCAAUGGCGGAUACACUGAAAGCGGCGGAUCAGAUGGCGGCGCAGACCUUCAACGAUGUGGGGCGCAUGGAUGAAGAGGGGGUCGUAAGAAAGAAAUAUUAAUGUGAUACUUAGUGUAUAGUAUCACUUUGGAGUAUAUGUUAUGUACUGUUGUUUAAAUUCUGGUUUUCUUCUUUUGAUUCUCUUCCAAAAUAUGUGUAUGGUUUUGAAUAUUGGUUCUGUAUAGGUUCAUGUAGUGACCAUGGAACCAUUAUUACAUAAAUAAACAUUGUUCGCGUUCUUUGUAGAAGUCAGAAUAUCAGUUCAAUGCAAGCCCUUCUGUUAA